GCCCCGCGAGGUCCCCGCCGUCGCCUCUGUUCGCUCGCAGUUGCUCCGGCCCCGGCCGCGCCCCCUGAGAGUCGAAGCUUGUGGGGUCCUGGGUCUGCGUCUUCCUCUUUACGGUCUUCUUUACCACCAUGCCGCUGUACGAGGGCCUGGGGAGCGGCGGGGAGAAAACGGCCGUCGUGAUAGAUCUGGGAGAGGCCUUUACCAAGUGUGGAUUUGCUGGAGAAACCAGUCCAAGAUGCAUAAUUCCUAGUGUGAUAAAAAAAGCUGGCUUGCCUAAGCCUAUCAAAGUUGUUCAGUAUAAUAUCAAUACAGAAGAAUUAUAUUCCUACCUAAAGGAAUUUAUCCACAUACUGUAUUUCAGGCAUCUGUUGGUGAAUCCCAGAGAUCGCCGAGUUGUGGUUAUUGAGUCGGUACUGUGUCCUUCCCACUUCAGAGAGACACUCACUCGCGUUCUUUUCAAGUAUUUUGAGGUUCCAUCUGUCUUGCUUGCUCCAAGCCAUCUAAUGGCUCUUCUGACACUUGGGAUAAACUCUGCCAUGGUCCUGGAUUGUGGAUAUAGGGAAAGCCUGGUGUUACCUAUAUAUGAAGGAAUCCCAGUACUUAAUUGUUGGGGAGCACUCCCCCUCGGAGGAAAAGCUCUGCACAGGGAGUUGGAAACUCAAUUAUUGGAACAAUGUACUGUGGAUACAGGUGCUGCUAAAGAACAGAGCCUUCCCUCUGUGAUGGGUUCAAUUCCAGAAGGUGUCCUAGAGGACAUUAAAGUGCGCACUUGCUUUGUAAGUGAUCUGAAACGUGGACUAAAAAUCCAAGCAGCAAAAUUUAAUAUCGAUGGGAAUACUGAGCGCCCCUCACCACCCCCAAAUGUUGACUACCCAUUAGAUGGAGAGAAGAUUUUACAUGUCCUUGGAUCAAUCAGGGAUUCGGUUGUGGAAAUUCUUUUUGAACAAGAUAAUGAAGAGAAAUCAGUUGCCACUUUAAUAUUGGAUUCCCUUAUGCAGUGCCCAAUAGACACCAGGAAGCAAUUAGCAGAGAACUUGGUAGUCAUAGGUGGCACAUCUAUGUUGCCUGGAUUUCUCCAUAGAUUGCUUGCAGAAAUAAGGUAUUUGGUAGAAAAGCCGAAAUAUAAAAAAACACUUGGCACCAAGACAUUCCGUAUUCAUACUCCACCUGCAAAGGCUAAUUGUGUGGCCUGGUUGGGAGGAGCUAUUUUUGGAGCACUGCAAGACAUACUGGGGAGCCGUUCUGUCUCAAAGGAAUAUUAUAAUCAGACAGGUCGUAUUCCUGAUUGGUGUUCUCUCAAUAACCCACCUUUGGAAAUGAUGUUUGAUGUUGGGAAGGCUCAACCACCUCUGAUGAAAAGAGCAUUUUCCACUGAGAAAUAAAAAUUUGAAUAAAUUCAACAUUGCUCCACUUCAAAUAUCAGAUCAAUUACAAACAAAUUGUAUAAAGUAUGUGAGACAGUAUUAGAGAUGACUUUUGCAGAAGUUUCUAUAAUUACUUUUCAAUAUUUAAUUCUUUUGACUUUUGUUUUUCUGGUGUAGUGGUAAAAUGGUAGCUUGAGCUUAUGAAAUUUGUUAUAUCAAUAAAAUAUAGUAAAGCAGUUUAGUUUUUGAAGUUUGUUACAUAGUACUUUUUUUUAAAGAAUAAUAACAUUUACUCCACUAUUUACAUAAUCUGUCCUGGGCUUUGACAAUUCCAUUAAUUUCAUUAUUUUUAGCAACUAUUUUAUUUAAAGAACAAAUAAUGUUACCAUUAUCAAUUAUUUCAAAUACAAUAUUAACAUAGGUCUAUUUCUUAAAAAUCCUUUUGUUCUGGUAUUUAUGUAUCCAUGAAAUAUGUCUAACUCUUUGGACUAUGUUUGGGAGCAUAGGUAAGCAUUUGUUAAACAAGGUGUGGAAAUACUUACUUUCUAACCUCAUAGUUUUAUUUAUCAACCAUUCUGCAUUUCAAAGAAAAAAUGAUUUUUUUAUGCAGAUAUUUUAUUUGAUGUGUUUUUAUGCACUGCUUCAUAAACAUGUAUCAUAACAUCUUUAAUCUUUUGUGUGUGUCAUCUCAGGGCAGCAGUUCUUUGAAAUAAUGUACUCAGUCAUUGUUUAAUAUUUAUUUUUGUUUGUUUUUCUUCAUUUGUUUUUAAUGAACUCCCUGUUACUGAAAUUUUGGUGCUUUCAUUCUUUCUGGGUACCUUUAAAAUGGAAAUACAGGGGCAGGCAGAAGUAGGUUUACAGUUGUGAAUAUGCAAAACAGUUUAUUCUUGUAUUAUUUAUGAACUAUUGUAUUAUUUUUCCAUACAAACAACCCCUGUAGAUAGCUAUGUAUUUUCAUUCCUGAAGAGAGAGUAGGAGUUGAUAUAUUUUCUGGACUAUAUGUAUAUCCUAUCCCAAGUUUAUUUUUACUUAGUCAUUUUGCUCAUCCUUUUAUGGAUCCUGCCUUGUUUUGCCAUAUUGCUUUUUGUAUGAAUAUACUAAAGCCAACUACCACUUGAAAGAGCCGGUUCCUGGCAUUGAGAAUAGGAAAGGAUUCAUUUUUAUAUUUGUGUGUAUGUGUGUGUGUUACUUUUUAAAAAACUUCUUCCUCUAGCAGUAGGACUGUCACCAUGUUCUACUGCUUUAGUAGCUGAAGACUAAGACUCCUUCAGUAUUUAUUGACUGUUCGGUAUGCACCUAGUAUAGUUUUAGAUAACUGUAAAUGGUACAACAGUAAGACACGAAUCUUUACUUUUGGGGGAUUUACAGGUUAGACGUGGGUGUAUCCACAACUGAUUAUAAAACCAGAAUCUGGUAGGGUUAUCAGUUGCUUGUUACUGUUGUAACUUGACCAAGGAAUCAAGGAAAACUUCACAGAGGAGUUUUUUGUCCUUGUUCCUGAAGGAUGAAUAGAGUUGCAAUAAUUGGGGGUUAUUCCAGGGUACGUGAACUGAAUUCUCUACACAAAAUCUUAAAGCAUUUGGCACUGAGAUUAGGCAUGGCUAAUUAUAAAUUAGGAUUAGAUUAUGAAGAACUUUAAAACCAUGUUAAACCAGUGAAUAAAAACUAUAAAUGUUCAAAAUUGCCAUCUAUUUUCCUAAUAUAUUCAUUUCUAAAAGUGAGAUUACUGUGUCUUCUGCGCUUAGCAGUCUUCCACAACACCCUUUCCCCCAAAGCAACGAUCUUUCCCGUAAGCACAAUAUCUGCAACUGAGACACACACAGUUUCACCUUGUAAUUGUUUCUACACAGGUUUUAUCUUCCUUUCAAUAUAAGCUCCCUAAGAACA